AACACUGUAAACAUACCAUUGAAACAGCAACAAAAUUAGGUCUAUGUGUUCUAAAUAAACAGACUGCUAGAAACAUCCUCCAGUCUGUGAUGUCCCAUAAAUGAUCAGCCAUGCAAGUUGUGAAAUAUGCAUCUCCACCCAGCCCCGCCCCCUAACUAAAUAGGGCAUUAUUUCCUUAACAGCAACAAAUCAAAGCACCAGAGCCUAAACUGGAAAAUAUCAAGGCUUGGUGGCUUGACUGGGUACUGGGUGGGGGUGAAGGCUGUAUUUUUUCCUUUUAAUAUCACAGUUCACCUCUGUAGCUUUAAAUGAUUCCACCAGAAUAAAACCCACACAGAAGUUCUGCUGAUAUACUUGAUCCGUGGAAUUAUCAUGGUUGGGGACAAAAAUUGGCUAGAUCUAACAGGAACCAGGUGCCACCUCUGUCCUACUGUAUCUGUCCUACUGUUUCUCUGUGGUGUAUCAGAGUCUGGAAUUUCUUUUUGGUGUAAGAGGUACCUCUGUACUCGUUCUCUAUUUGUUCAGUAGAAUUUGAAGGUAGGAGCCAAAAUGUGGCAGGAUCCAGCAGAGUCCAGGUGCUGGAUUUGGGCUUUGGGAGUCUGUUGUGUCAGGAUGUAUGGGGGUCCAGGCUUUCUGGGGCAGAUUUUUUUUUUUUUAUCCUGAUGGUCCAAUUGAGGGGGGCUUGGAUGCAAAAAUCAGUAGGAUCCAGGAAGAUCCACCUUACCCCUUUUUUCUGAAGGGGACUGAUGGUGCAGCCACUCCUGGUUAUAGAUGGCCCUAGUGUGUGACUGUCAUGCCUGCAUGCCUCACUGUUUGUACCAUCAGCUGAAAUAUUGCAUUAGCUUAGAUUGAUCAUUCGAGGUGAUGCAGCUUUAGUGGUGGCCAGGUUGUGCUCACUGUUGCUCUGCAAGAGCCAGUUUGGGAGAGUGCACAAAAACUAGAGAGAAAAACAACCCCCCCGGGAUUAGCAUCCGACAAAAGGUGGGAAGUGAGGGAGCCUGUCGCUGGGAUUGCUGUAGGCAGCAGGAGGUGAUUCCAAGGCAUUUGCUGAGCAGAGCCUCUGUACCAGCUGCAGGGGAGUUAAGUGCUGCGGGACUAUGUUGCUUGGGCACAGAAGAACUUUAAUGAGAGAAGCUGCCUGAUCUCAGCUCUGAUGGGCCAUCUCUGCAUAAAGGCAUGUAAACUCAAGAAACCUGGGCAUUUGCAAUUCAGACCUUCCUCACUUGUUGGGUCACAUCAGAGUGAACAUGCCAGAACAAAGCAAUGAUUACAGGGUGGUUGUGUUUGGAGCUGCAGGGGUUGGUAAAAGCUCCUUAGUCCUUCGGUUUGUAAGGGGAACUUUCAGGGAAACCUACAUCCCUACCAUUGAGGACACUUACAGACAGGUGAUCAGCUGUGAUAAGAACAUCUGCACCCUUCAGAUUACAGACACCACUGGCAGCCAUCAGUUCCCUGCUAUGCAGAGGUUGUCUAUCUCCAAAGGUCAUGCUUUCAUCUUGGUGUACUCUGUCACCAGCAGGCAGUCCAUGGAAGAACUUCAGCCAAUCUAUGAUCAGAUUUGUCAGAUCAAAGGGGAUAUCCAAAAGAUUCCAAUAAUGUUGGUUGGUAACAAGAGUGAUGAGACCCAGAGGGAACUGGAUGCCAAUGAAGGGGAAGCCUUAGCUAGCAAGUGGAAGUGUUCCUUCAUGGAGACAUCGGCUAAAAUGAACUACAAUGUACAGGAGCUCUUCCAAGAACUCUUGAAUCUGGAGAAGAGAAGAACCGUCAGUCUCCAGGUGGAUGGGAAGAAAUCCAAGCAGCAGAAAAAGAAGGAUAAACUGAAAGGCAAGUGUUCUGUUAUGUGAGUGUACCUUGAAUGGCUGGACUCGCAUCACUGCAUGAUGUAAUAAGAGCAUGGACUUUCUCUCAAAGAAUAUUCUCAUGUAAAGUGAAAACAGUCUGCUCAUAGGCAUUCGCUAGAAAUCCAAGAAGAAUAAAUGUCCUGAAGGGUUUAUUUAAGGCCCAUAGUUUCUCUCUGAUAACUCAAUUGGGUCAUUUUAAUCAUUGACUUGGAAGAGAGAGAUUUUUUUGAAUGUCUUUUUAAGCAAAUGGAAUGUCCAAUGUUAGCCAUUACACAGUAGUCCAGGUUUUGAACAAAAAAGUUUACAAACGAGAUCAAAAUACCGGAAUGUGUUAAUAGAGGCAGAAAUCAUCUUUGUUAUCCCUGAAUAUAUAUUGGUUUUUAAAUAUUCUCAGAUUAUGUAUUAGCCUGAAACAAAAAUCCUGUUUUUGCCUACAGUGUGUAUAUACUUCAAGGAAAAAUGUUUUCAGAAAUAUAGUGACCACAGCAAAUCUUUCACAAAGUUAGGGUGUCUUAUUACUAAGGAACAAACACAUGAUUUUUCAGAUAUGUACGUAUUUGGGGAGAGACUGACUGGCUUACCAAAGACAUGCUUGUUGUUUCAUAAUAAAAAUUAAAUUUUGUGUAUUGUUAUGCAGCUAAUAAUAUUUUACAGCUAUGUGACUUAUUAAAGCUAUUCCUGCACGUAA